UAAUUAAUCAGUAUAUUUUUGAAAUUUAUAUUAGUUGUAUCUAAAUUUAAGUUAAAUAUUUUAGUUUUUUUGUUGCUCAUUUAAAAAUUUUAAUCAUUUGACUUAUGAGAUUAUAUUCACGUUGGAGUUUCCUGCAUACCUGGUACUUUUACAUCUACAUAAUAAUGACAAUGGAACGAUUAGAAGUAUUACCAUUACACCGAAACAAACACCUCAUCAAACAAUGUUGUGCUGUAAUUAAUUCCGAAUGGCCACGCAGUGAAAUGGCCAGAUUACACAGUUUGGAGGCAUCUUGUGAUACUUUGCCAACAUCUUUGAUAUUGGUUAAAGAAGAAGAAGAUAACUUCAAGACAGUUAUAGGACAUUCAAAAAUUACGCCAAUACCGUCUAUACCUGAUGGUGGUUUCAUCGAAACAGUGGUCAUAGGAAAUUGUCACCGAAGACAAGGACUAGGAAAAUAUCUUAUGUACAAGACUGAAGAGUACAUAAAAACGUUGGGUUUAAAUUUUGCAUACUUGUCUACAAUUGACAAACAAGAGUUUUACUCAAAACUUGGAUACAUUCAAUGUCAGCCAAUUUCAAUUUAUGGUGGCUGUUUGAGUAGCAUCAAUAAAUCAAACAUGGUUUCUGUGAUUGUGCCAUCUAGAAAAACAUACAUGAGAAAACUUUUGACAUGAACUGUUUUUUUUAAAUUAUUUUUUUUAUGUUAUAAAUUACUAACAAGGAAUACAUACCAUUGUUAUAAUCGUGUAUCUAGUGCAAAUUUCAGUUAACACUUGCUAACAGCUUUAAGAAUAAUAUUAACUCUAAUAUUAAUUAAUGUAUGUAUACAUUAUCAGUGUUGGGUAGUAACGUAACACAAAUUACAAAUUACUGUAACAAAACGGCUUUUACUUUUAGCCAGGUCGAAAAGCCAGCUCAAAAGCAACAAAUUAUUGAGGGUAAGGGGCAUACCAAAUUUCUUCUUGCCAGAAGCUCUACAAUUGCUGUGUCCAGCUCUGGUAACACUGAAGUGAUUUCAUUAUAUUUUAUUUAAAUAGAUGUAAUUGUUAUAAAAUUACAUUAUAAAACUGAUUCCGAA